UAUAACAACACAUUUCUCACAACAACCUGGGUCAUUUUGAUUUCUGCAAUUCUGCAUUUGCUUCAAGUUUAGAGAGAGAAAGAGAGCAAAUUUAAGAGAGAGAAAACAUGGGAGGUGGACAUGGAGGUCAUGGAACAACCUACAAGGGGAUGACUCUUCACGCUCCCAAACGAUGGCAUUCCGUCACCGGCAAGGGCAUGUGCGCCAUUAUGUGGUUUUGGGUUCUGUACAGAGCUAGGCAAGAUGGUCCAGUUGUAUUGGGUUGGAGACAUCCCUGGGACGGGCAUGAUGAUCAUGGACAUGGAGAUGGACAUUAGACAGAUUUCUGGCAGCUAAAUUAAGAGCUUGAGCUAAAUGGUGAAAAGAUUUGCUGUUUGACCUUAUUGUGAAUGCAACAUCAGACCUUUGAGUAAUUUCUGUUCAAUAAUGUAAUCUUGAUAUUUGCUGUGUUAUCGUAUUACAAUCUGGUGUCGCUGUUUUUAAUUAAGUUUUGGCAGCAUGUUUGGUUUAUUUUUAAUAUGUAUGGUUUGGCGAAACACUGCAUUCAAUCAAUUGCAUGUUUUCAGGGUUGAUUAUCUAGCAAGUAAAUCAGGACCUGGCUUCUGAAGUUUUCAA